AAGCUGACGCGGAAAUCCGAACCCGCAGCGUUUUUUUCUUCAGCCGGCAUGUAAAUACUACUUUGUUGCGCUUUGCAUAGAUAACGCAGACUUAGAUUUAAUGUUAGGAACGGCUCAUUUAGAUGUGUUCGACCCGUGCAGCGCUUCACUAGCUUGUGUGUGGCUUCAGCGUGUGUCCUGAUAUGAAAUUGUGUCUGAAUUGAUCGGCUGAGAUGCUGUCCACCGGUCCAGAGCUGCGGCUAUUGUCUUGUUUAAUUGUUGUUUUACUUUUUCAAGCCACUGGCGCCAAGAGGGACUUAAAAAGCGCCUGUUCUACCUGUCAGCAAAUCACUGAUAACUUCAGCAAGGGCUAUGACAGAACAGCAAAGCAGAACUUUGGGGGAGGCAACACAGCCUGGGAGGAGAGAAAACUGUCCAAAUAUGAGACAAGCGAGAUCCGUCUGAUGGAGAUCAUUGAAGGGCUGUGCGACAGCAGCAGCUUCGAGUGCAACCGCAUGUUAGAGGAGCACGAAGAUCAUUUCGAGAUUUGGUGGUUCAAGAGGAAAACGAAACACCCCGAUCUGCAUAACUGGUUCUGCAUUGAAACUAUCAAAGUGUGCUGUCCGAAGGGAACGUUUGGACCGGACUGCAAUGCCUGCGUUGGGGGCUCUGACACUCCUUGUCACGGAAAUGGAAACUGUGAUGGCGAUGGGACUCGCGGUGGGAACGGAAAGUGCAGCUGUGACCAUGGCUACAAGGGGGAGUUCUGCCUAGACUGCAUCGACGGCUACUUCAACGAAGUGAGGAACGACACCUUCUCUCUGUGCACAGAAUGCCACUCCUCCUGUAAAACCUGCACUGGAGCGGGCAAUCAGGACUGUGACGAGUGCAAAGAGGGCUGGGAGGAGGACGACCAGGAAGCUUGUGUUGAUGUGAACGAGUGCUCCAAAGAUCCGUCUCCAUGUGAAGAAGAUCAAUACUGCGUUAACUCCGAAGGCUCCUACUCCUGCAAGGCCUGUGACAACGUGUGCUCCGGCUGCACUGGGGCCGGGCCUGAUAACUGCAAGGCUUGUGCCAGCGGGUACCAAGACACAGAGGGCACCUGCACAGAUGUCGAUGAGUGUUCCCAGCCAGAGCCAGUGUGCACCAAGGAGCACGAGGAGUGUGUCAACACUAAAGGCAGCCAUGUGUGCAUCUGCUCAAGUGGCUAUGAGGAGCGAGAUGGCGAGUGUGUCCAAAUGCAACAGCCAGCUGAGGAAAAAGAAGAGGAGUCAGAAGCAUCAGAGACAACCACAAGCUCACACGGGGAGCUUUGACGUAAAAACUGGGAACAAUGGGAGCGAAUUCGGAAGAUCAGUCUGAACUAAUGCACAUCUGAAGCCGCCCAUUUUUAGAUCAUCGACUACACGCACUUAAUGUACCAGCUGCACCUAGAAUCAACAAAAGCUGGCAAGACAGUGUUUUCCAGCAGUGGACCAUGGAUUAAAAAGAGACAUUUAUGCUCUCAGUAUGCUGGUUAUUGUUGCUUUUCUCUGGUGUGAUCAAACUACCACUUGUUGUCUUUAUUUGUUGUAUGGUUUUAAAUUGAAGUUGUUUCAAUAAAGGUUAAUUAUGUUGGAUUUAAGAUAAA